AUGCAAUCAACAACGCCCUCAUUUACACCUUUAUACCAAUUCCACUCACACUCUAUCCCAUCACCACCAAACAUCACCUUCUUCACCCCGGCCAACCACGCCGGCAUGUCCACUCUCCCAACCCCAACGCCGCCGCCAACCCUCUUCCAACCCCUCCGCAUGCGCAAUCUGACCCUGAAAAACCGCAUCAUCGUCGCCCCCAUGUGCAUGUACUCCUGCGCCUCCGACCCCAAGUCUCCCGCCCUGGGCGCCCUCACGGACUACCACGUCGCGCAUCUCGGACAUCUGGCCCUCAAGGGUGUCGGCAUGGUCAUCAUCGAAGCGACUGCCGUUCAACCAAACGUACGCAUCUCGCCGAACGAUUCGGGCCUGUGGCAGCCCGGGACGGACUCCGAUCAGUUCCGUGGGCUGAAUCGAGUAGUCGAUUUGGUGCACAGUCAGGGCGCCGCGGUGGCGGUGCAGUUAGCGCAUGCGGGUCGGAAAUUAAGUGUCGUUGUCCCGUGGCUGGCGAUGCAGGCUGGGAAGAGGACUCUGAGGGCCGACGCCGCGGGAACUGAGCACGGAAGAGGUGGAGGAGCGCGGCCCUGGCGCGAGUUUCUGAGACCCGUGACGAAUCGUCGGACGGAUCGAUAUGGCGGGAGCUUUGAGAAUCGGACGAGGAUUGUGCGCGAGGUGAUCCCCGAGGGGAUGCCGUUGAUGCUGCGGAUCAGUGCGACGGAGUGGUUGGAGCAUUUGCUGGGGGAUUCUUGGGACUUGACGUCCUCGAUCGAGCUGGCUAAGCUGCUUCCCGGGAUGGGAAUUGAUUUCCUGGACGUGAGCUCUGGUGGGAAUCAUCGCGACCAGAAGAUCGAUAUGCAUAAUGAUUAUCAGGUGGAGCUGUCGGGUCAUCUUCGACGGGCAAUCCGGGAUGCCGGCCAGGAUACGCUGGUCGGGACCGUGGGCUGGAUCACGCAGGCUGAGCAGGCGAGGGACAUCCUUCAGGGAGUGAAUCCUCUGGCGGACGCGGUGCUGAUGGGGCGAAGAAGCUGGAUGUCAAGAUAA